AUAAGUUCCAACUUUGGCUGGUAGUUGAAUACGUGUUCUUUGUGCAGGCCUUGAGUUAGGGAUUUGCUGAUAGAUUAAGAAAAAAGAAAAUGGCCCUUGCAAUGGGAAGAGCAUUGCUUGCGCAGCCUUGUUCUUCAUCUUCUUUGUGCUUCACCUCAAAGAAUAUAUCCAAGUCGUCAUUAGGAGCCGUGCAUACAUUUUGGCCCCCUAAAACAGGAAGCAGUCCAUCUUAUAGACGAGCUGUGGUUCGUGCCCAGCAACGACCCACUUGGCUUCCAGGGCUUGACCCUCCUCCAUAUCUUGAUGGAACUUUGCCCGGAGACUACGGGUUUGACCCACUUGGGCUUGGAGAGGAUCCAGAAAGCUUGAAGUGGUAUGUACAGGCAGAGCUGGUUCAUGCUCGCUUUGCAAUGCUUGGAGUUGCUGGAAUUCUUUUCACUGACCUUCUACGUGUAACUGGAAUACGCCAAUUGCCAGUUUGGUAUGAAGCAGGUGCAGUAAAAUUCGAAUUUGCAAGCACACGAACAUUGCUCUUUGUUCAACUGCUCUUAAUGGGAUAUGCUGAGACAAGAAGGUACAUGGAUUUUGUUAGCCCUGGAUCUCAGGCCAAAGAGGGAUCCUUCUUUGGAAUGGAAGCUGCACUACAAGGCUUGGAACCUGGCUAUCCGGGAGGUCCACUACUAAACCCUCUUGGCCUGGCUAAGGACAUCAAAAAAGCUCAUAACUGGAAGCUUAAAGAGAUAAAAAAUGGACGGCUUGCAAUGGUAGCAAUGCUGGGAAUCUUUGUGCAAGCAGCUGUUACUCAUGCAGGUCCCAUUGAUAACCUUGUUAAGCACCUCUCGAGUCCCUGGCACAAUACCAUCGUUCAGACACUCGCUAACUAACUGAGCUUCUUAAAUAUUAUAUAUGAAAUGUAAUUAUUUAUGCAGUUAUCAAUUAUAACAAGAUUCUAGGCACUGUUCCUGGAUUGUAGUUGAACUUUCUUACUUCCAAUUUUCAUCUGAAUCUGCGAAAUCAACUAUUACCUUACGUGCA